AUGGCUAAGGAAUGUCCCCCAGAGGUAUGGGCAGUCAUCUUCUCCAUGGCAUGCAGAGACGACGGAAACACCGCCAUCGCCCUUUCCCAAGUCUCGCGGUUAAUAAACAUAUACUCCAAACCAUAUCGAUAUCAAAGCAUCGCGCUCACGGGUUGCAACCAAAUUACCGCGUUCGAAUCUACAAUAUCAUCGCUUCCCCCCGAGUUUAGACACAUCAGGAACCUUUUUGUCCACUGUCCCGAUCCGAUGGCAUACGUCUACUCAGAGGAAACGUAUGCAAAAGACUCCGAUGACACAGAUGAGGAGUCGCAGAGCGGCUCCGAAGAUCUUACAUGGGAGGAGAGCACUUCCGAGGCCUGUACGGAAGCUGAGGAAACAGACUCUGAAACAAAUGGAAGCGACUCCGCCAUAUCCGAGUCUGAUAGUGGCAGUUUUUACGAGCUAACCGCUGAAGAGGAAGCGGAAUUGGCGCAAGAGGUGGAGGAAUUGGCCAGCAUGCCAUCUUCAACUCUACAAGUGACGAGUCUUGCGAAUCUUGACUGGCUUAAAGUUUCUCUCUCUUCCCUUGAUCGCUUCCAAUACACAAUCCUUGCCGCUCUUCGUCGCAUUCUCGAAGCGGCGGCCCAGUCUCUGGAAAACCUCACUAUACAUUGGUCGAUGCAUGAGUACUGCCUUUUGGAAGUCAUGCUUCCCGAGUUGCCCGUCCUUCGAGAUCUCUCAAUUUUCAGAAAAAUGUCUUGGGGUCGAUCUUAUGAAACUAACAAGUUAGUGUGGUCGGGCCCUCCCACCGUUUUUCCAUCUCUUAGACGACUUCAAAUUGAAGGUUAUCUUGAAGAACCCGAAAGCUCUUUUAUAGAGAUGGCGCCAUCAUUAAUGUGUCUUCACAUGAAUGACACCCUCAUACGGAAAAUGUUACCAUUCCUCCCGACAACGCUGACAAAGAUCUUGUUACAUGCGCCCUCUGCAAUGUAUUUACCGUCACGCUCCAUAAAGAAGGAAUUAUUUGGAGAAAACUAUAAGGAAGGUGUCGGCGAAUACGCUAGGGUCGUGGCGGAUGUGUAUCCCGAAGCUCAUGAGUUUUGGCAGAAAGAUUGGUUAGCGAGGAUCAACAACGAAGGUGAUGCGGUAUCCUGUAUGCCUGAACGGGAUUCCUGA